AUGUUGCAAGCAUUGGGAGGCUCUGUGCCUCCAAACACCGAUCAUGCCGUCAGUGUAUCUCUACCAACAUGGAGGGCCAAUGUCGGAUAUGAAGAAGGCGAGGAUUGGGUCAUGAAGAAGAUGGUCUGCGGUUACCCCCGGUUCUUCGUUCAUCCUACGAUCCAGAAGCUCGCUCAAGAGAUUGUUCGCCGCACCGGCGACCCAGACCUCGAAACGGCCACUCUAUUUGCUUCGGCCAAGUCCGCGCGCGUCUGCCAUUCCUUCGUCCUCAGUAAGAUUCCUGCCGACCAGGCGUACAAAGUGCGCAUCGCCAAUUUCAUCCCAUCCCCGCACACCGAGGCCGGAUCAACGGUCACAUCGCCUCUGUCAUGUGUUAUCUAUCCGAAGGAAUAUGCCCCAAUUACCAAACAGGUAUGGCAGCACUCUGGCAGUGGUAUCUCCAGCCGACGUGGUGAGUUCUGCCUGGGAGCCUUGGAGGAUGGCUUUUUGGUGGAAGACAAAGGCACACCAACUGCAGAAUCCAUUUCGCAGCGUCCCUGUAAAGGCCCGCGCAGAUAUCAAAGCAAGACUGACGCUAGGAAGGGCUCCAUCGGCGACUCUCCUCCAAGAGGAAACACCGAAGAUGGUCGAGAUUACGCUCAAUUUAUCGAGGAGCGCUUUGGCCGAAACCUCAGCACUUCACUCGCCAAUCAGGCUAAGCAAGCCGUUCGCAAACGUAUUGCUGGUGUCUUGACGGCCGAUGUGGACCUGCCGGAGGCUCUGGAGGUGACCUCGUCGGAAGGUCGCGUGGCUGGCAUGUCAGAGGAAGAUGUGCUGCUUUACCCAUCGGGCAUGAAUGCUAUCUUCAACGCUCAUCAGACUUUAUUGGCCACCCGAGGGGAACUGCCAUCGAUUUGCUUUGGUUUCCCUUACACAGAUACUCUGAAGAUCCUCCAAAAAUGGGGACCGGGCUGUGUAUUCUACGGCCAUGGUUCAUCGGAGGAUCUCGAUGACCUCGAAUCUCGGCUGAAGUCUGGCGAGCGUUUCCUGGGGCUCUUCACCGAGGCACCGGGGAACCCUCUCCUUAAAACCCCCGAUCUCAAGCGGAUCCGCGCCCUGGCAGAUCAAUAUGGAUUUGCUGUGGUGGUUGAUGAGACCAUCAGUAAUUUCCUCAAUAUCAACAUCCUGCCGUUCGCGGAUAUUGUUGUCAGCAGCUUGACUAAGAUCUUCAGCGGAGACAGCAAUGUUAUGGGAGGAAGUGCAGUUCUCAACCCCAAUGCGCAGUAUUACUCUGCUCUCAAAGAAACUUAUGCCCGGGAGUAUGAAGACAUUUACUGGGCUGAAGAUGCUGUUUUCCUGGAACGAAACAGUCGGGACUUUGUGACUCGCAUUGAACAGAUCAACAUUACCACUGAAAACAUUACGGCCAUGCUGAAGGAUUCACCUCUAGUGAAAGAGGUUUAUUACCCAAAAUACAGUCCCACCAAACCACUUUAUGAUAGCUUCCGUAACCCUAACGGCGGUUAUGGCGGUCUUUUCUCCGUUACCUUCCACUCCAACGCCGAGGCCAUUGCAUUCUACGAUACUUUGGAAGUUCUGAAGGGGCCUAGUCUCGGCACAAACUUCACCUUGAGCUCUCCAUAUGUCCUUCUGGCUCACUACGGUGAAUUGGAUUGGGUACGUAUUCCCCAACCCCCUGUAAGAUUCUUUUUAACGUCAUUUUACCAGGCGAGAUCCUUCGACGUCGACCCAGACCUUGUGCGCAUCAGUGUUGGCCUGGAAGAAGUGCCGGACCUCCGUGCCAGAUUCCAACGGGCCCUGGAUGCGGUACAAAGUACCCAGCAAUAA